AUGGAAAACCUAGACCUAAACGUACUUUUCGCGGAAUGGCUAGAAACAAAGCAGGAUGAGCUCAUGAAGAAAGGCUCCAAGUUGGCCUAUGCAUACGGAAAGGCCUUGGACAAACUCAAAAGCUACCCAGAGCCAAUCACUACUCCCAAACAACUAAAGGGUAUCCAGUUUGUAGGAGAGAAAAUCUUUAUGCUACUAUGUAUGAAGUUGAAGAAGUAUUGCUCGGAACACAGCAUCACACCGCCUCCAGCUUUUGAGAAUUACGUGGUAGAAAAUGAAGGAGGGAAACGUCUAGCGGAACUAGAUGACGAGAACACCAAGAAGAAACGACGUAUCACCAAUUGGGUGCCCAAAAGAAGGUCUGGGUCAUGGGCAAUUUUGGUCUCUCUAUAUAAAAAAGACAGGUCUCGCCGUGGAAUCACCAAGGAAGAUGUCAUUGCUGGAGCGUCUCAAUACUGCGAUAGCUCAUUUACAAGUAACCCAGCAGCUCGAGAUUUCUACUCUGCCUGGGAUGGAAUCAAGACCUUGCUUAAGCGUGAGCUUGUGGACUGUGUGGGAAGAGCGCCAAAAGUGUAUCUCCUUACAGAUCUGGGUUUCAAUAUGGCUAAGCUCAUUCUCCAAAAGGAAGGUGGAGACAGCUCACCGGUACGUGAGUCAGAAAUGUCGUUCGACAAUGGCGUAAGAGUCACGCCAACUUCCAGAAGUGAAAAUGAUGGUGUUUCAAUAGAUUCACUGGCAUUGUUUGUUCCCACUGAAGCUUCCAGUCCUCUUCGGAACAAGCCCAGCAAGACACAUAAUCGCGUACAAAAGGUUUUUGAUGGCGUUUCAUAUGAUAUUUGGAUGCCAGGAGAGUUUGAUAUAGUACUCAUCAUGGAUAACAGAGAGGUUCGGUCACUGACAGAGAGAGACUUCUUCCAAAGGAGAAUUGUUGACAACAACGUCAAGUGUGAGGUCCGCAAUUUAUCUGUGGGCGAUGUGUUGUGGAUAGCUAAACAUAGCAGAACAGGGAAAGAGGUUGUACUCAAUUAUGUUUGUGAAAGGAAACGGCUCGAUGAUUUGGCCAUGUCUAUUAAAGAUGGUAGAUUCGUCGAGCAGAAAAACCGUCUACGCAAAUCGGGGUUGAAAAAUGUGUACUAUCUUGUGGAAGAAGGUGGGUUGGGGGAUGUCGAGCGCAUCAUGUUGAUGAAAAAGGCUAUUGAGACAUCUAUCGCGAUGGUUAUCACUGUGUCUAAUCUCUUUCUCCAACGAUUCCGUAGAUCUGACGACACAAUCGAGUGGCUUGUUACGAUGACCCAAAUAUUAAAGGAUAGGUAUUCCACACGUCGACUUUUGGUUGUCAAGCCUCAAAGUGUCAAUAGCCAAACGGAAUACUUGCAAAUGCUAGAAUCAUUCCGGGAGAAGUUUGAGACAAGAGAAGCAGGUUAUGAAUGCGUGCACACGAUGGCAGUGUACCAAGCCACUUUGGCCAAGACAAAUAUGAUGACUGUCAAGGAGAUGUUUAUAAUGAUGCUUAUGCUGGUCCGGGGAAUUUCGUUUGAGAAGGCAGUGAUGAUCCAGAAUCAUUUUGGUACACCGAAACGGCUACUUGAGUAUUACCACGAGGAGAAGCGGGCAUUGCCAGAGCCUCAAAAGCAAAUGCUCAUGAAUGAGUUGUUUAAUAAUCAGAUCGGAAGCAAGAAAAUCAACAAGGCAGCACUGGUGGCCAUGUAUGAAACUUGGGGUGUUGAAUAA